CAGCUUUUAAGCAAUUUGUUGGGAGCAUUCUUUACCCUUGUAAUAAUGUUACAAUUUCUGGUUCUUUAAAGGUACAUUUGAACUUCUUAUUGUUUCUGGAACGAUUAGCUGAAGAAACCCGGACCAAGGCUAUUGCAGACAAGAGCGAAACAAUUAAAUAUGAACAUGUUCUGACUUCAGCAAAGAUAAUUUUAAAGAAGAGCCGAGGCUAGUGUCAAACUGUACUCCUUCAUUCCUUGGUUGAUAUGUAUGUAGUGACUAACUUUUCAGAUGAUAUCUUUGUAUUAAGAAUCUAUACAGAUCAUAAGAGUUUUUAACC